CUGGCAAUUAUUUUUCUCUCUCUACAACACCAUGGCGUCGCAGGACGAUAUCCACAGCACCGACCUCGUGCGGUCGACAGACAAGAACCACCCGGCGAACCUGAUUCCCGAGCUCUGCCAGCUCUUUUACACGCUGGGGUGGGUGACGGGCACCGGCGGCGGCAUCAGCAUCCGCGACGGCGAGCACGUGUUCAUCGCACCCUCGGGCGUGCAAAAGGAGCGCAUCGAGCCGUCGCAGCUGUUUGUUUUGGAGCUGGCGACGCGCAAGAUCCUGCGCUCCCCUUCGCCGCCCAUCAAGCCGUCCGCAUGCACGCCGCUCUUCUACAACUCGUACACAAUGCGGGGCGCCGGCGCAUGCAUCCACACUCACUCGCAGAACGCAGUCCUGGCGACCAUGCUGUACGACAAGGAGUUUGUGAUUUCGCACCAGGAGAUGAUCAAAGGGAUUCGCCGCGGGUCCAGCUCUGAGAGCCUGCGGUUCUUUGAUACCCUGCGCGUGCCCAUUAUCGAGAACACGGCCGAGGAGGAGAACCUGACCAACCGCAUGGCCAAGGCCAUUGAACAGUAUCCGGAGACGAAUGCGGUGCUGGUGCGUCGCCAUGGCGUGUAUGUUUGGGGCGAGAGCUGGCAGAAGGCAAAGACUAUGGCCGAAUGCUACGAUUACCUGUUUGAGCUGGCUGUCCGCAUGAAGCAGCUUGGAAUUGACCCAGCUGCUGUGACCCAGGCCACCCAGGAUGCGAUCGACGGAGAGUAGCCUGUUUUGUUCGUUUCACCCUGGAGUUAUAAGCACAUCCUUGUCUAUAUGUGUGAUAUAAAAGAGCACAUGCGCCUUUUCAUUUGGCAUCCUGCUAUAUUUUGCCCUGGAGCGCUAUCAGCCUGUUCAAUAACUA